AUGCAGGUGCUGUAUGCAAAUCAACGCAUGGGCGGAGCCCCGUCGGACCACGCCCACUCGCGCGUCGACACCGCGCUAUGCAAAUCAGCAUGCAAAGCGGGGGAUUGGGGGCGGGACUUGAGCCGAGAGGAGCGAGCGGGAGGCGGGGCGGAUGAGGCGGUCCGGGGCACGUGCGAGGACGCAUCCGUCUGCAAACGGUUUGCUGUAAGCGUCGGUUAUUGGAAGGACCCUUACAUCCAGUAUUUUGUGAGGCAAGCCAAAGAAAGAAAAGCACCUGAAAUCAACAGAGGCUAUUAUGCUCGUGUUCAGGGUGUCAGUUAUCUGCUUGAGGCUUUUCUAAAGAAGACAGAGUGCAACUGUCAGAUUGUUAAUCUUGGUGCUGGCAUGGAUACCUUGUUCUGGAGAUUAAAGGAUGAAAAUCUUCUCCCUAGAAAAUACUUUGAAGUGGAUUUUCCAAUGAUAGUUGCAAGAAAAAUACAUAAUAUAAAAUCAAAACCUCCCCUGUCAAAACCAAUCAUAGAAACCCAUUCAGGGGACUCUCUUCUAAUAGGUCUAAAAAGAUGAAAGCCCUGUGUGCCUGUCUCUGAAAAACAGCUUCAAAGUAGCACUGAGUUUCAGUGGGAGACUGUACAACCAUGUCAUACAAUGAAACAUGCUGCAUAAGCACUCCUGAAAAUGCAUUAAUAUGAAGAAGAUCAGAAUGGUUCAAUAGUGUUUGUGUAACUGAAUAGCUCUGUAGAUACCUCUAGUACAGCAGAACAAUUGUAAAGUCAUCAAGUUGCAUGUAUUCCAAUCAGAAGCUACUAAUUAACAAUUCAUAAAAGUAAACUUCAAUUAGUGCAUCA